GAGGCUUAACCCAAUUCUUGAUUAUUUUGCAGCUAAAUUGGUAAUAAUAAAAAACUGAUUAACUUGGUAAUUAAGAUGAAGAUGAUAUUUUUAUGCUUAUGAUUUUAAGUUAAUCACUUUUUUUUGUCAACUGUUUAGACUUUAAAUUGUAACUCUAACCUCAAUUAACAAAUUGUUUCCAGGAAAAUAAAUCUUUAUGGUGAGAAAAAAAGUUUCUCAUCUUCAUCACCAUCAUUUGUAUCUUUCGUCUAAUUAAUUAAUUGAACUGGACCAUAUUAAAUCAUUUCAUCAUUGACAAUUUGCUUAAUCAAUAAAACUAUUCAAAUUGUGAUAUGAAUUCAAUUUUACUAUAUAAUCGUUUUUACAUUCAUCUUAUUGAAUUGUAAGUCCUAAAUUGUAUCAACAAUUUGAUUGAGAUUAAUGAAGAAAUGUUUAAUUAUAUUUAUAUGUAUAAUUUGAAGUGUUUUUUAAUUAUCUCAGUAAUCAAGAGCAAAUGAAAGUAUUCAAAGCAAACGAACCAAAUAUUAAUCUAAACUUGGACAUUGGCCUUUAUUUUCCGCUUCGAAAUCAAAAUUAUCAUAAUAAUAGUGAAUUCUGUUGACCAGUUAACUCAUCUUCCUCAUCAUCAUCAUCACCAUCACCAUUAAGUGAUGCGGAUGAUGAUUUGAGAGCAAAAUAACUGGAUGAUAAUGAUGAAGAUGAAAUAAUUACUCUAAUUAUAUUCAAUGAAUAAAAAGAGAGUGAGAGAGAAAUAAAAUAUUAAUCGAAAAAAGGAAAAAGUUUCAAUUCUUUCCCUCACUAAUAUACAAUGAUGACCAUCUCAUUGACCAUCAUCAAAGUGUGCAAAUAGGUUGCACACAAGGUAAAUACAAAUAGGAUCGAAAUGUUAAUUGAUGAGCAAACAAAUACACAUUCGAGUCCAGAAAGUCAACUGACCUUAACGGACAUCCCAUCACCUCCUUCAGCCCAACUCAUGAUCGACUGACCAAAGGGUGAAAAGUAUUCUGAUUUCAGUUGAUAUUGAACUUUUUCCUUGACCAUGUUAUGUUAUCAAACUUUGGAAACAAAUUUACUCCUGAUUUUCACCUUGACAAUUAAAUUGUUUAACUGAUUUGACUUGAAUCGUUAUCGUCUUCAUAUACUAACGGUACUUUUUUUUCUUGUUGAAUUUGUGCUGAAUUUGUCGUUCGUAUCUUCAUCUCUGGGUGUAUUUAAAUUGGAUUGGGAACAGUUAAAUAUCAAGGAAAAGUUGAUUUAAUUUAAUUGUGAAAAUGUUUCUCUCAGGGAUCAGUAAAUUACGAUCACCUCGAGCAUUUUGUUUCUUCAUCAUUUUCAUGAUCUAUCUGAUUCCUGGAAUUUUCAGUGAACAUAUUUGGGAUUUUCUUCAUCAAUCUGGUACUGAAGAUAAAGUGGAAUUGGCUAAAAAAAUUGGCUCAGCACUUUUACUUGCUUAUCGAAGUAAAAAGUUCAUGUUUCCACUUCCUUUUCCGGUUCCAGUUCCAAUACCGAUUUAUAAAACAUAUCAAGCUGUUAUUCAUGAUCCAUGGUUUCAUAAGAAGCAACUUUUAACCGGUGGAUUAGCUGGAGGAUAUGGUGGAUAUGGAGGUGGAGGAGUUGCAAGUGGUGGAUUGGCCCAUUUAGCUGCUCUUGGUAAGUUGGGUGGUGUUGGACUUGGUGGUCUUGGUCAUGGUUUUGGUGGACAUGGUAUUGGUUUAGGUGGUGGACUUCAUGGUCUUGGUGGGGGACUUGGUGGAGGAAUUGGUGGACUAGGUGCACUGGGUGGAUUGGGUGGAUUAGGUUUGUUGGGUGGAUUCGGCUGA